AUGAACGGAGUGCCCCGUACGCUGACCAUCGCCGGCUCCGACUCGGGGGGCGGCGCAGGCAUCCAAGCGGACCUCAAGACGUUCCUGGCUUUGCAGACGUACGGAAUGUCGGUCGUCACGGCGCUCACGGCGCAGAAUACCAAAGGGGUGCAAGGCGUUCACGCGCCGAGCGCCGCGUUUGUGCGCCAGCAGUUUGAGUCGGUCGCAUCGGAUAUCCGCAUCGACGGCAUCAAGAUUGGCAUGCUCGCCAAUGCCGAGAUUGUGCGCGAGGUCGCCAGGUUCCUAGGCGAAUGGAAAAAGAGAAACACGACGCCGAUCGUGCUUGAUCCAGUCAUGGUGUCAACCUCGGGCUCGCUCUUGCUGUCGCACGACGCCGUGGCAAGCCUGAUUGACGACUUGUUUCCUCUGUGCAAUGUAGUGACGCCAAACCUGCUCGAGGCUGAGCAGAUCCUCAAGCAUGCGGGCCAGGAGGCGACAGAGGAAAGGGGCUUGGUGAAAAUGGUGCGGACUGCGCGCGACAUUGCGCAGCUCUCCGCGGCAAAUGUGCUCGUCAAAGGGGGCCACUGUGUCAUUGCACAGCAUGAACUGAACGACGCUCUGAAGCAGCUGGGCUUUCAGGGCAUCGUCCUUGGCACCGACGCGGAAGAUGCAAGCGCUUUCCGCGCAACCGAUACACCUUGCCACCGCGACACACAUGGCCUCGCGGCUCUUUCUACACGCACAGAACGCACGGAGCUAGGCGACAUGGCACAGAUUCUCGGCGCAUCCGUCUUUCAGCAGGAUAAUCUCGACCUGCUGCUCGUGCGCGAUCCCCGCGACGUGCGCGUCUUGCGCCGCAGCGCUCCGGACGAGCCGGACUUGUACACGGUCGACGUCUUGUACGAAGCAGCGUCGCAGCGUACGACCCUCUUUACCAAGCGCAACAUUCCGACCUCGGCGACGCACGGCACAGGAUGCACCCUGUCCUCGGCGAUCUGCGCAGCGCAUACACACGACACAUCCCUCCGUCGCGCCGUCGCACACGCCAUUCAGUUCAUGCAAGAGGCCCUGCAGAGCAGCAUCGAGGACCUUGGACAUGGGCCGGGGCCGUUGAACCACGGUGCGCACUCAGAGCCUCGGGGUGUGCCGCUGUGCACGCCGCGGUGCGAGACACCAUUGUCAACGCGCCUCAUUGCACGCUCGUGGCCGCUGUGGCACCUAUACACUCGCCACCCAUUUGCCGUGCGCAUGAGCGAGGGGCACCUGUCCAAAGCGGCGUUUGUGUGGUUCAUGCGGCAGGACUAUAUCUACUUGAAACACUACGCGCGCGUCUGGUCGGCGGCCGCUGCGGAUCCCACGAGCUCGCUCGAAGAUAUCGGCGACUACCUCGGUAUUGCCAAGGCUACUGUGGACGAGACAGCUAUGCAUGUAAAGCUGUGUGAGCGUGCCGGCAUCUCCAAGGCCGAACUCGAGUCGACGGAGGAGAGCCGCGCGACGAUGGCCUAUACACGCUACGUCAUGGACGUAUCGCAUGAAGGAAUUCUUCCUCUGCUCGUGUCGCUUGCCUCUUGUGCGUAUGGCUACGCGGAAGUGGGACUCUGGCUCAAGGAGCACCGCCAGCGCUCGCAGAUCUCGGCAGGGUCCAUCGACCCCAGCUUUGAAAUGUGGGUAGAAGAGUACGGCGGUGAUGAAUUCUUGGGCGCCGUUGCGAGCACCAUUUCCAUGCUCGAGCGCUGCGCUGCGCGCCUCAUGCCGUCGGCCAGCGAAGUGGACCACCUCCAGGAAAUUUGGAAUACCGCGACGCGGCUCGAGAUCGGCAUGUGGGACGAGGCCGUUGCGCACGGCGAACGCCAGUCCAAGUAG